GGUCAGGAAAGGCUUUAUUCAGAAUCAUCGACUGUGUGUGUACUGUACUGUACUGUGCGGUUCCUAGCUAGCUAGCUAGCUAGCUUAUAGAGCAUUCGCUCGUAAUAAUUAUGCCAAGAUCCUAGCAUUGUGAUUAUUAAGAAGACACAAGGACAGAUUAUAAGUUACUUCCACGCCAAUUACGAGUAUUCUUCUGUGCAAUGAAGUUGUACAGCAGUGUAGAUGGUGGUACAGCCUCCAUAACACCGUUACAACAAAUGCUCUCAUCUGGAUCAGGAGCUAUUCUGACAUCCCUUCUUACGACUCCGUUUGAUGUUGUCAAAGUACGACUGCAAGCUCAGCAGAGGUCUGCUCAUUUAAAGCCAUGUUAUUUGAUGGAGUGUCGAUGUCUAGACGGGGUCACACUGUGCGUUAUAACACCCGAAGGAAAUCACAUGCAAACUAUCAAAUUUCGAGGAACUAUACACGCAUUUUUAAAUAUUGCCAAAAGGGAAGGAAUUGGAUCCUGGUGGGCUGGAUUGUCCCCAACUUUAGUAAUGGCUGUACCUGCUACCAUUAUAUACUUCACAAUGUACGAUCAACUCAAAGCACUGUUUGGAUUUCGACCUGGAGAAACGAACAUACUUGCUCCCGUCCUGGGUGGUUCAAUAUCUCGUACAAUUGCAGUAACGGCUAUAUGUCCUAUUGAGCUCAUAAGAACUAAGUUACAGUCUAGACAAGGCUACAGUUACAGUGAAGUAACAGAUGUGGUUCAAGGAGCUGUUCGACAAAACGGAGUGUUGAGUUUAUGGAGAGGACUACUGCCAAUGUUGCUCAGGGAUGUGCCUUUUUCGAUAUCGUACUGGUUGGGAUAUGAGUACCUUAAACUUCGUUUAUAUUCUGGAAUGGAUCCCUCAAUGCACUCGAUUGUUCCUCUGUUAUCUGGGGCUCUGUCUGGUGGAGUGUCUGCUGUGAUCACCACACCACUGGAUCUCAUCAAAACACACAUGCAGUACAGUUUACGUAUCAUGACAUGCAUAAGUGGAACGUCAAGAGGCAGUACAAGAAGAGAAGACAGGACUAAUCAGAUAUCUUCUCGAAUAUCUCUGGACUAAUAAUUAUAGUAUAAUGAGUAAUAAUUUAUUACUUGAUAAUUAUGUUGAAUUUGCGAAUCAGUAUUAAAUGACAGCCAUUUUAAGAGCAUGAUAUCUAGCCAGUGCAUAUAGCAUGCCUGUCAGAGAAAGGGAGCUAGAGCUGAACAGUGUGAAGAAAAGGAACACCUCAGGCUCUGGAAAAGCACUGCUGCACUGAUUUUAGGCGCACGGUUUAUUAGCCACGCCUAUCUAUUAUUAUUGGCCACAACGCAAUUGCUGAGUCAUUAAAGAUGGCGGAAUUGUCUAGGUAAGAGAAAUAGAGACUGAGAGGUCAUCUGCCUCGUGGAAGCAAUCGCAAAUCUGAAGAAGCGCUUUGUAAUCCAGGUUGUAGUCGUUUGGAAACCCUGUGCAGAAUGUCCUGGAGAUGGCUGUACUUG